UGAACCGCACUGUCGCGACUCAAACAUGGCGGGCGACGGCGCUGAGGAUUGGAGGGAGGUGUGGCACGCGCAGUGGUCCGAAGGUCGGAUCGACUUCCAUCUGCCGGCCGUGUGCCCCGACCUGGAGCGGUGGUACCGCCGACUGGUACCCGACGAGCAGCCACGCACCGUGCUCGUCCCACUCUGUGGCAAGUCCGUCGACAUGGUGUGGCUCUAUCAAAAAGGUCACACGGUCAUCGGAAUAGAAGGUAUCGAGAAAGCUAUUGUGGACUUCUUUACCGAGAACAACAUUGAUUUUUCCAAGAUUGCUGUUGGUUCGUACACACUUUACCAGACGCCGGACGGCCGGCUGCGGGUGUACCAUGCCGACAUCUGCCGGCUGGAUCCGGAAACUGUGGGCGCCGUUGACGCCAUCUGGGACCGUGCCUCGUACGUGGCAGUACGCCGCGAGGACCGACCGCGGUACGCGGCGUUCCUGCGCGCCGUGAUGGCCCCCGGCUGCCGGUACCUCUUGAGCUCGGUCGAGUACGAGCCGAACCCGUUCUCGGGCACGCCGCAGAGCGUGACGCCCGCCGACUUCCGUCCCGAGUUUGAGCCGGUGGCGGAUAUCGAGUGUCUGGCCGUGAGGGACCGGGCGCCGGACGCCAUCCGCCCCUUGGCCGCGUGGGACGUUCGUGGCCUGCAGGAGAACAUGUACCUGAUGACGCGCAAGUGAGCGCGCGUGGCUGGAGCGUCCCGCCUCACGCGGCAGCCGGUCGACGGCGAGGACGUGUUCGGGAUCGGCUGUCAGCUGCCGGCAUGGGCACUUAGCGCCGUUCGCUACGAACGCCGGCGGCGCGGAUGAGGCGUGCGGUGGGGUCUGUUCGGGAUCGGCUGUCAGCUGCCGGCGUGGGCACUUCGCGCCGUUCGCUGCGAACGCUGGCGGCGCGGAUGAGGCGUGCGGAGGAGUCUGUUCGGGAUCGGCUGUCAGCCGUACGUGGCAGCUGUGCCAGCCAUCGCGGACGUCGGCGCCAGGCGCUCGCUAUGAGACUCAGCAGCACGUGUUCGGGGUCGGCUGCCAGCGCCGAUAGUGCUGCAGUGCGGACCAAUGCGAACGGCAGCGGCAGGCUGGUCAGGUCAGGGGUAGUCGGGUGGGCUGUGCGCUCAGCUGAUGUCUGCCUCAGUAAGCGGCUGGGCCUCAGCCUGCCGCCUUAGUCAGACGGCUCGGAGCUCAGACGGUGGAUCCGUCGUAGUCCGGCUACAUCCCUGAUUAGGGUUUGUUCUGAAUCGAUAAGGCAUUUGAUGCGUCAUGCCUGAAAGGGACCAUCCAGCAUCACAUUUAGGAUGUCUUGUGAUGUAUUUCAUGUGCGUCGCAUUUGACUUGGGUGAUUUUAGUAUGAAGUUUUCA